AUGACGUCACACAGUACUCCCAGGUUCACUUCUGCGAUUGCCAGCACCAAGACCACUUCACAGAGUACUCCCAGUUUGACUUCUCUCAUCGCCACCACUGGGACCAGCUCACCCAGUACCCUCGGCUUUAGUUCUUCGAUCGCCACCACUGAGACAACCUCACACGGUACUGCCGGCUUCACUUCUUCGAUUGCCACCAGCGAGACCACAUCACACAAUACUCCUGGCUCCACUUCUUCGAUCGCCACCACCGAGACCACCUCACACAGUACUCCCAGCUUCACUUCUUCAAUCACCACCACUGAGUCCACCUCACACAGUACUGCCAGAAUCACUUCUUCGAUCACCACCACCGAGAUCAUUUCACGCAGUACUCCCAUCUACACUUCUUCCAUCGCCACCACUGGGACACCCUCACACACUACUCCCAGCUUCACUUCUACCAUCACCACCACCACCGAGAGCACAUCUCACAGUGAUCCCAGCUUGACUUCUGCCAUCACCACCACUGAGACCCAGUCAUACAGUCCUCCCAUCUUCACUUCUUUGAUCACCACAACAGAGACCACCUCACACAGUACUCCCAGCUUCACUACUUCGAUCACCACCACCGAGACCACCUCACAGAGUCUUCCAGGCUUCACUUUUUCAAUCCCCACCACCGAGACCAGCUCACACAGUCCUCCCAGCUUCACUUCCUCCAGUACCACCACUGAGACCCCUUCACGUAGUCCUCCUGCCUUCUCUUCUUCAAUUGACAACUCCAAGACCACCUCAACCAGUCCUCCCAGAUUCACCGCUGCGAUCGCCACCACCAAGACCACCUCACGCAGUACUCCCAGGUUCACUUCUGCGAUUGCCAGCACCAAGACCACUUCACAGAAUACUCCCAGUUUGACUUCUCUCAUCGCCACCACUGGGACCAGCUCACACAAUACCCUCGGCUUUAGUUCUUCAAUCGCCACCACUGAGACAACCUCACACAGUACUGCUGGCUUCACUUCUUCAAUAGCCACCAGCGAGACCACAUCACACAAUACUCCUGGCUUCACUUCUUCGAUCGCCACCACCGAGACCACCUCACACAGUACUCCCAGCUUCACUUCUUCAAUCACCACCACUGAGAUCAUCUCACAUAGUACUCCCAGCUACAUUUCUUCGACUGCCACCACUGAGACACCCAUGUCACACAGUAUUCCAAGCUUCGCUUCUUUGAUCACCACCAGCGAGACUACCUCACACCUUCCUCCUAGGUUCACUUCUUUGAUCACCACCACUGAGACCACCUCAAACAGUCCUCCCGGCUUCACUUCUUCGAUCACCAGCACUGAGACCACCUCACACAGUCCUCCCAGCUUCACUUCCUCAAGCACCACCACUGAGACCCCUUCACAUAGUCCUCCUGCCUUCUCCUCUUCAAUUGACACCUCCAAGACCACCUCAACCAGUUCUCCGAGAUUCACCUCUGCGAUCGCCACCACCAAGACCACCUCACACAGUACUCCCAGGUUCACUUCUGCGAUUGCCAGCACCAAGACCACUUCACAGAGUAGUCCCAGUUUGACUUCUCUCAUCGCCACCACUGGGACCAGCUCACACAGUACCCUCGGCUUUAGUUCUUCGAUCGCCACCACUGAGACAACCUCACACAGUACUGCCGGCUUCACUUCUUCGAUCGCCACCAGCGAGACCACGUCACACAAUACUCCUGGCUUUACUUCUUUGAUCGCCACCACCGAGACCACCUCACACAGUACUCCCAGCUUCACUUCUUCAAUUACCACCACUGAGACCACCUCACAGAGUACUGCCAGCAUCACUUCUUUGAUCACCACCACCGAGAUCAUUUCACGCAGUACUCCCAGCUACACUUCUUCAAUCGCCACCACUGGGACACCCUCACACACUACUCCCAGCUUCACUUCUAUGAUCACCACCACCGAGAGCACAUCUCACAGUGAUCCCAGCUUGACUUCUGGCAUCACCACUACUGUGAACAGGUCAUACAGUCCUCCCAUCUUCACUUCUUCGAUCACCACCACCGAGACCACCUCACACAGUCUUCCAGGCUUCACUUUUUCGAUCCCCACCACCGAGACCACCUCACACAGUCCUCCCAGCUUCACUUCUUCAAUCACUACCACCGAAACCCCCUCACGCAGUAAUCCCAGCUUCACUUCUUUCAUCACCACCACAGAGUCCACCUCACACAGUCCUCCCAGCUUCACUUCUGUGAUUGCCACCACAAAGACCACCUCACACAGUACUCCCAUCUUCACUUCUUCCAUCACCACCACCGAGACCACCUCACACAGUCCUCCCAGCUUCAAUUCUUCGAUCACUACCACUGAGACCCCCUCACACAGUAAUCCCAGCUUCACAUCUUUGAUCACCACCACCGAGUCCACCUCACACAGUCCUCUGGGCUUCACUUCUGCGAUCGCCACCACAGGGAUCACCUCACACAAUACUCCCAUUUUCACUUCUUCGAUCGCCACCACUGAGACCAUCUCACACAGUACUCCCAGCUUCACUUCAUCGAUCACCAGCACCGAGACCAUCUCACACAGUACUUCCAGCUUCAGUUCUUUGAUCACCACCACGGAGAGAACCUCACAGAGUUCUUCCAGCUUAAGUUCUUUGAUCACCACCACAAAGUCCAUCCCACACAAUCCUCUGAGCUUCACUUCUGCUAUCACUACCAAAGGGAUGACGUCACACAGUACUCCCAGGUUCACUUCUGCGAUUGCCAGCACCAAGACCACUUCACAGAGUACUCCCAGUUUGACUUCUCUCAUCGCCACCACUGGGACCAGCUCACCCAGUACCCUCGGCUUUAGUUCUUCGAUCGCCACCACUGAGACAACCUCACACGGUACUGCCGGCUUCACUUCUUCGAUUGCCACCAGCGAGACCACAUCACACAAUACUCCUGGCUCCACUUCUUCGAUCGCCACCACCGAGACCACCUCACACAGUACUCCCAGCUUCACUUCUUCAAUCACCACCACUGAGUCCACCUCACACAGUACUGCCAGAAUCACUUCUUCGAUCACCACCACCGAGAUCAUUUCACGCAGUACUCCCAUCUACACUUCUUCCAUCGCCACCACUGGGACACCCUCACACACUACUCCCAGCUUCACUUCUACCAUCACCACCACCACCGAGAGCACAUCUCACAGUGAUCCCAGCUUGACUUCUGCCAUCACCACCACUGAGACCCAGUCAUACAGUCCUCCCAUCUUCACUUCUUUGAUCACCACAACAGAGACCACCUCACACAGUACUCCCAGCUUCACUUCUUCGAUCACCACCACCGAGACCACCUCACAGAGUCUUCCAGGCUUCACUUUUUCAAUCCCCACCACCGAGACCAGCUCACACAGUCCUCCCAGCUUCACUUCCUCCAGUACCACCACUGAGACCCCUUCACGUAGUCCUCCUGCCUUCUCUUCUUCAAUUGACAACUCCAAGACCACCUCAACCAGUCCUCCCAGAUUCACCGCUGCGAUCGCCACCACCAAGACCACCUCACGCAGUACUCCCAGGUUCACUUCUGCGAUUGCCAGCACCAAGACCACUUCACAGAAUACUCCCAGUUUGACUUCUCUCAUCGCCACCACUGGGACCAGCUCACACAAUACCCUCGGCUUUAGUUCUUCAAUCGCCACCACUGAGACAACCUCACACAGUACUGCUGGCUUCACUUCUUCAAUAGCCACCAGCGAGACCACAUCACACAAUACUCCUGGCUUCACUUCUUCGAUCGCCACCACCGAGACCACCUCACACAGUACUCCCAGCUUCACUUCUUCAAUCACCACCACUGAGAUCAUCUCACAUAGUACUCCCAGCUACAUUUCUUCGACUGCCACCACUGAGACACCCAUGUCACACAGUAUUCCAAGCUUCGCUUCUUUGAUCACCACCAGCGAGACUACCUCACACCUUCCUCCUAGGUUCACUUCUUUGAUCACCACCACUGAGACCACCUCAAACAGUCCUCCCGGCUUCACUUCUUCGAUCACCACCACUGAGACCACCUCACACAGUCCUCCCAGCUUCACUUCCUCAAGCACCACCACUGAGACCCCUUCACAUAGUCCUCCUGCCUUCUCCUCUUCAAUUGACACCUCCAAGACCACCUCAACCAGUUCUCCGAGAUUCACCUCUGCGAUCGCCACCACCAAGACCACCUCACACAGUACUCCCAGGUUCACUUCUGCGAUUGCCAGCACCAAGACCACUUCACAGAGUAGUCCCAGUUUGACUUCUCUCAUCGCCACCACUGGGACCAGCUCACACAGUACCCUCGGCUUUAGUUCUUCGAUCGCCACCACUGAGACAACCUCACACAGUACUGCCGGCUUCACUUCUUCGAUCGCCACCAGCGAGACCACGUCACACAAUACUCCUGGCUUUACUUCUUUGAUCGCCACCACCGAGACCACCUCACACAGUACUCCCAGCUUCACUUCUUCAAUUACCACCACUGAGACCACCUCACAGAGUACUGCCAGCAUCACUUCUUUGAUCACCACCACCGAGAUCAUUUCACGCAGUACUCCCAGCUACACUUCUUCAAUCGCCACCACUGGGACACCCUCACACACUACUCCCAGCUUCACUUCUAUGAUCACCACCACCGAGAGCACAUCUCACAGUGAUCCCAGCUUGACUUCUGGCAUCACCACUACUGUGAACAGGUCAUACAGUCCUCCCAUCUUCACUUCUUCGAUCACCACCACCGAGACCACCUCACACAGUCUUCCAGGCUUCACUUUUUCGAUCCCCACCACCGAGACCACCUCACACAGUCCUCCCAGCUUCACUUCUUCAAUCACUACCACCGAAACCCCCUCACGCAGUAAUCCCAGCUUCACUUCUUUCAUCACCACCACAGAGUCCACCUCACACAGUCCUCCCAGCUUCACUUCUGUGAUUGCCACCACAAAGACCACCUCACACAGUACUCCCAUCUUCACUUCUUCCAUCACCACCACCGAGACCACCUCACACAGUCCUCCCAGCUUCAAUUCUUCGAUCACCACCACUGAGACCCCCUCACACAGUAAUCCCAGCUUCACAUCUUUGAUCACCACCACCGAGUCCACCUCACACAGUCCUCUGGGCUUCACUUCUGCGAUCGCCACCACAGGGAUCACCUCACACAAUACUCCCAUUUUCACUUCUUCGAUCGCCACCACUGAGACCAUCUCACACAGUACUCCCAGCUUCACUUCAUCGAUCACCAGCACCGAGACCAUCUCACACAUCCAUCCCACACAAUCCUCUGAGCUUCACUUCUGCUAUCACUACCAAAGGGAUGACGUCACACAGUACUCCCAGGUUCACUUCUGCGAUUGCCAGCACCAAGACCACUUCACAGAGUACUCCCAGUUUGACUUCUCUCAUCGCCACCACUGGGACCAGCUCACCCAGUACCCUCGGCUUUAG